AUGUCAAAAGAAGAAUAUACAAGUGACUCUGAAUCAGAAUUUACUGAAUUCUGGAUAGAUUGGUUUUUGGGAACAAAAGGGAAUGAAUACUUUUGUGAUAUUGACGUGGAAUACAUCACUGAUAAGUUCAACUUAACAGGUCUUUAUUCUGAUGUUGAGAGAGUGCCACAAGCAAUUGAAGUGAUAACGGAUAAUUUGAAAUCUGACGAAUUGACUGAACAACAAAGAGAAACACUGGAGUAUAAUGCAAGAUUACUAUAUGGAUUAGUACAUGCAAGAUAUAUAAUAACGGCAAGAGGGUUACAAAAAAUGUUGGAGAAAUAUAAGAAUGCUGAUUUUGGUUAUUGCUCAAGAGUUUUUUGCCAAUUACAACAUUUAUUACCUGUUGGGCUAAGUGAUCAUAUUGGUGUUAGUGCUGUUAAAUUAUAUUGCCCAAAAUGUGAAGAUUUAUAUAAUCCAAAAUCUUCAAGACAUUCACAAAUUGAUGGUGCCUUCUUUGGUACGAGUUUCCCUGGUAUGUUCCUUCAAGCUUAUCCACAUUUAGUUCCAGUCCAUCCAACAGAUAGAUAUGUUCCAAAAGUGUUUGGUUUCAAUAUACAUGAUUACGCCAAAGUUUCAAGAUGGCAAGAACUUCAAAGAAUGAAGGUUGAAAAAAGAUUGAGGGAUGCGGAUAUCCCAGUGAGAAACUCUGCUAAUGGAUAUAAGACUGGCGAAGGUGCUGAAGAUGAUAGGGAUAUGGAAGAAGUUUACACGUGA